AAAUGAAAAAUGAAAGAAAAGAAACGAGAAGGAGAAGAUAAAAGAAGGAGCUGAAUAUUGCCAUAUUGGUGAGUAGUAGUAUGAGUGAGGAGAGAGAGAGAGGGAGAUGCAAAAACCCUAAAUACACCCCCAAUAUAUCGCGAGAAAUCAGCACAUUUUCUAAAUCUGCAACUUCCGAUUAUCUCUCUCUGUCUCUAUCGAAUCGAAGUAUCGACAAGUUCUCUCUUUCCAUCUGUUUAGUGCAGAGGACACAGGGCGUCUUGAUCAUCAUGGUUCGAGAAAAAGAUGUUUGUUGGGAAUAUGCUGAUAAGUUAGAUGGAAACAAGGUGAGAUGCAAAUUUUGUUCCAGAGUUCUGAAUGGUGGCAUUAGUAGAUUAAAGCAUCAUUUGUCACGACUUCCUAGUAAAGGUGUAAAUCCAUGUAGCAAAGUAAGGGAUGAUGUUACUGAUAGAGUGAGGGCUAUAAUAGUGUCAAAGGAAGAUGGAAAAGAAGCUUCUAGUGCUAAGAAGCAAAAGCCAGCAGAAGCCAAGCCUCCUGUAAUUGUAAAUACUACAGGCAAAGCUCUCAUGGCAAUCGAGGCAUCAUCUCCCGUUUCAAAAAUGUUCCCUUCCAUCACACAAAUGUGCUCUACCCCUGCAACUGACCAAGAAAAUGCAGAGAGGAGUAUUGCUUUGUUCUUUUUUGAGAAUAAACUGGAUUUUAGUGUAGCUCGUUCUUUAUCAUAUCAGCUAAUGAUUGAUGCAGUGGGAAAGUGUGGUGUUGGAUUUAGAGGUCCAUCUGCCGAAAUCCUGAAGACUACAUGGUUGGACAGGAUCAAGUCUGAAGUGAGCUUACAGUCAAAAGAUAUUGAGAAAGAGUGGACCACAACAGGUUGUACUAUAAUCGCAGAAACAUGGGCAGAUAACAAAUCAAGAGCUUUGAUCAACUUCUUAGUUUCGUCUCCCUCCCGAACCUGCUUCCACAAAUCAGUAGAUGCAUCUGCAUAUUAUAAGAAUAUAAAAUACCUCGCUGAUUUGUUUGAUUCUGUAAUUCAAGAUUUUGGCCCAGAAAAUGUUGUGCAAAUAAUUGUGGAUAAUACUCUCAAUUGCGCAGGUAUAAUGAGUCAUAUCCUACAGAACUAUGGAACUAUUUUUGUGUCCCCUUGUGCUUCUCAAUGUUUGAACACGAUCUUGGAGGAGUUUUCUAAGGUAGAUUGGGUGAACAGAUGUAUUUUACAAGCGCAAGCUAUUUCGAAGUUCAUAUAUAACAAUUCAUCGAUUCUUGAUCUGAUGAAGAAGUUCACUGGAGGACAGGAACUCAUUAAGACUGGUAUCACAAAGUCCAUUUCCAACUUCCUGUCCUUGCAAUCUAUAUUGAGACUGAGGUCAAGAUUGAAACAUAUGUUCAACAGCCCUGAGUUCUCUGCGAACCCUGCCUAUGCAAAUAAAACUCAAAGCAUAACUUGUAUUGGCAUUAUCGAUGAUAGUGAUUUCUGGAGGGCAGUUGAAGAGUCUGUUGCUGUUUCUGAGCCAUUUCUGAAAGUGUUAAGGGAAGUAUCAGGAGGGAAACCUGCUGUAGGGUUUAUAUAUGAGUUGAUGACCAGAGCCAAAGAGUCGAUAAGAACGUACUACAUUAUGGAUGAGAUUAAGUGCAAGACAUUUUUAGAUAUUGUAGAUAAAAAGUGGCACAACCACCUCCAUUCGCCUCUCCAUGCAGCCGCAGCAUUUUUGAAUCCCAGCAUCCAAUAUAAUCCCGAAAUCAAAUUUAUUGGAUCUAUAAAAGAAGACUUUUACAGAGUUUUGGAGAAACUACUCCCCUUGCCUGAAUUAAGACGAGACAUUACUAAUCAGAUUCUUUUAUUUACAAGGGCAACAGGGAUGUUUGGUUGUAACCUUGCGAAGGAGGCAAUUGAUACAGUCUCACCUGGUAUUUGGUGGGAACAGUAUGGUGAUUCUGCACCUGUGUUGCAACGUGUUGCUAUUAGGAUACUCAGUCAGGUUUGCAGCACUUCCACAUUUGAGAGGCACUGGGGCACAUUUCAGCAAAUCCACUCUGAGAAGCGCAAUAAGAUUGAUAAGGAAACAUUAAAUGACCUUGUCUAUAUAAAUUACAAUCUCAAGUUAGGAAGAUCGAUGAAGUCCAAGUCUCCAGAAUCAGAUCCCAUUCAACUCGAUGACAUUGAUAUGACUUCAGAGUGGGUAGAGGAGGCUGAAAGUUCAAGCCCCUCUCAGUGGCUUGAUCGGUUUGGUCCUGCUCUGGAUGGGAGUGACUUGAAUACAAGACAGUUUAGUGCUUCUAUGUUUGGUGCAAGUGACCACUUAUUCGGUUUGUGAUCACACAACCCUGAUCUAAUUGAUCUUCUUAUACUGUAUAAGUUGUGUCCUCUGUAAUCAUGAUUUCAUAGAAUGCCUAGUCUGAGCUAUUAGUUUGACAAUUACUGCUUUUGGUUUGAUGUAUUGUAGUGGCUAGAUAGUUGUUGCCUUCCUGUAGAUGAUGGAUAUGUAUUCAAUUGGAAAGUAUUUAUUUCCAUUUGUCUUCACAUAAAUUAUGGCUAUCGACAGGACUCUUUCUAGUAUGAAGAACUAGUAUAAAGAACUUUAACAUAAGAAAGAAUAAUUGUAACCUAUCUGAAAGUAGAGUUUUCUCAUUGUUUGUGCCA